UAUGAGCACAAAAAAAACCUAGAAGGUUAUUGGUAAAAAAUAAAAGAUUGUUGAGAAAUAAAGUCAAGAAACUUCAAAUAAAGAUUAAAAAAUAAAAACUAAAGUCAAUAGAUUAGAAUAAUAAACAUAAGAAAGACAAAAUGGAAUAAUUUAUGUUGGACAUUUACCAUAUGGGUUUGUUGAAGAUGGAUUAAAAGAAUACUUUACUUAAUUUGGUGAUGUGAUUGGGGUCAAAUUAUUUAGAAGCAAAAAAGUAAUUUAUAAAAUUUAUAUAUUGUUUAGACUAAUAGAGUCUAAGGUUAUGGAUUUGUUAAAUUUGCUGAUAAGGAAGUAGCACCUAUUGCUGCAUAAGCUAUGAAUGGUUAUUUAAUGAAUGGAAAGAAAUUAGUAGUUAAUGUAUUAAGUGAAUAACAUCCUGAUCCUUUUAAAUAUAAACAUGGAAAUUAAAAAUUGUAUUUUAUCAAUUGGUCUGAGAAAGCAGUUGAUGAAUCAAAUAAAGUAUUAAGAUAAAUCAUAGUUAGGAUAAAUCAAAUGAAUAAAUUGUUAAAGAAGUUUAAAGAUUAUUAGCAAAUGAAGAAGAGAAGAAAUAAAAACUAAAAGAAUUAGGAAUUAAUUAUACAUACUAAGGAUUUGUAUUUAUUAAUGUUUAUUAUAAUUUUAGCAAGAAUUGCUUAAAGCUUGAU